AUGAGCAUCUGUGGAAGUGAAGUCAAUGCGCCGGAUAUGGGCCUAACGUUAAGUCGGUAUGAGCUCCCUCCAUUGCAUUUGUCCGUGUUGGAGAUCACCAACUUCUUGACCCGGUUUUUGUGCAGGCGGAUUCCGAGAUAGUAAGUGAGAGAGAAUUUUUGGAGGGGUAUUUGAAUUUGGAACUUGAUUUCUCAAAGCUCGACUAGUCGAUUUUUUUGAAAUUUUGGGGAGAUGAUGCUUGUAUCUCACUUUAUGAUAUUUGAAAAUUUUAGCUUUUACUAUGCAAAGGUGGCAAAGGUAUUCAACGAACUUUUUGGGUGGGAUGGAAAGAGUAAAAAUGGAUUUUUCUGCUGUAUUCUUGCAAAUUUUGAUUGAAACCGCUAGCUUUAUGGUUAAAAAAGGUCUAAAUUUCAUUUGUGACAACCGCAGACAACUUUCUGCCAGAAAGUAUCAAAAGGUAUCGUGGAUACUUUUUGAUACUUUUAGAAACUUUUUGUUAAAAAAUAUCAAAAAAUCGAAUUUCUGAGGCCUGUUUAGCAACGCUGGUGUUUUUUAAACUUUUUAUUGAUUAUAAAAGUUAAAAAAAUGUAAUAGAUUUUUGGCCCGUAUCUUUAUAAAUUUUGGUUGAAAACGUAAGCUUUAUGGUUAAAAAAGGCCUAAAUUAUGUAUGUGACUGCCGCAGACAAUUUUUAUAAUUUUUGUUUUGAAAAAGUAUCAAAAAGUAUCGUGGAUACUUUUGGAUACUUUUUGGGGAAAAAAUAAAAAAUUCAAUUGGCAAGGCUUUUUUAGCUACGUAGAUGUUUUUUUCCCUUCGGAUUAACUUUUAACAGUUCAAAAACGUGAUUUAUUUUUGAUUUUUUCUCAAAGAAUCUCAUUUUCAGCCGCGUUGAGAUGUUCGCCCAAGGUUUUUCCAACCGCCUUCUGGACCAACUCCGUCAAGUUGUUCCGAUUUCCGACGAUCCCUCCAAGGAGACGCACAUUUUCUCGGAAAUCAGUCGAAACCCCUCAAGGCAGGGGCCCUACCGCACCAGCAACUUGCAUUAUGGCGAAGGGAAGUUCAAGCAUUUUGUGGGCGAGAAAUCGGACUUUGAGAAUUUGAAAGGAUUCGCGUAUGAAGUGGCGGUCUCUGUGUAUGAUGAAUACAAACAGGAGUUCAUGACUGAUACCAUGAUCAUUGAGGUGGGAUUUGGGAGGUUUUGGAGUGAUUUUUUGGGGGAAAUUUGUGGAAAUUUUGAAAAAUUUUUUUUUGAAAUUUGAAAUUUAAAAAAAUGGUAUUUUUUUGAAAAUCCAUUUUUAAAUUUAUUUUUAGGGGUUUUGGAGUGAUUUUUUGGAGGAAGUUAUUAAAAAUUUUUCAUAAAUUAUUGAAAUUUUUUUUUAUUUUUUUUAUUCAAGUAUCCGUUUUAAACUGCAACAAAUUUUUAAGCGAUUUUUUGAAGGAAAUUCUUUGAAAAAAAAAUUGAAAAAAAAUUAAAUUUUUCAAAAAAAUCAAAAAAAUUUUUUCUGAAAUUUUGAUUUUUUUGCAAAAAAAAAUUUUUUUUAACUUUUUUUAUUUUAUCCCACAUUUUUUCCCCAAAGUUUUCUCUUUCAGGCCUGCAACGAGUAUUGUUUGAAUGUGGCGGAAGUCCUCCGCAAAUUCCCCGCCAACAUGGUGAUUCGGUGCGUGGAGGGCACGGUAUAUGCGCUGUUUGGACCCAACGAGAACGACGAAGGAAUGCUGGGUUUUCAGAUUUACCCGCGAAAAGAUGAGGACAAUAAUGGAGACACCAGAGAGAACUCAUUUGGCGAGCAACCCUCGGAAGAUGACACUCAAAGCUGUGAGUGGCCGAUUUUUGGUGGAAACUUGACUUUAGAAAGUAUUUUUAUCCAAUUUUGGGGGUUUUUACUUAAUUUUUUUAAAGAAAUUUUUACUUGCAACAGAAUGCCAAAAAGUCACAAAAAUUUUUUUUUGUCAAAAUCAUGCACGGUCACAGGAAAUGUGAGCUAUAAGCGCCGUAUUUUACCACAAUUCCGAUAUUUUUGCCAAAAAUUUCAUUUUUUGCUUGAUUUUCUGGACUUGCAACGGAAUGCCAAAAUUUUUCAAAAAAAUUCAGCUGGUGUUUUCUUUGAUUUUUUGCAACUGUAUUUUGCUUUAGUGGCCUCUAUUCCGCCGUUAUUACAUUUUUCAUUGUUGAAAAACAUUGGUUUUGGCCGAUUUUUAGACUUGCAACAGAAUGCCAAAAAUUUCAAAAAUAAGGCAAAAUAUUUUUUGUAGGAGUUUUUGCUUCAAACAGAAGUUACCAAGCAUCUGGGCUAAUUUUUUAUAGCUUUACAUCUUUUCUGAAGCGUAUUUUACAACUUUUAUGCCACCGUUUUAGUGUUAUCCGACAUCACUUUCACCAAAGGAGAAGUGGAACAAAUUUCUGAGCACUCUACGUUGAGCUGUGAAAAGUUGAAGCGGGAGAUUCAGCAGUGUGGUCGAGGGUUUCCAGAGAUUCCUGAUGAUUUUAUUGACAUUGGGACCGUCACCGACGACGAUGCUCGCUCCCGGACCUCCAAUAUGCCGCCGUAUCGGCCGAAAUGUGGGUUUUAAUAGGGUUUUCAACUUUAUAGGGGUUGAAAAAUGGCUAAAAAUAUUUUUGAGAGCCGUUAAAAUUCUUUCUUGACUGUUUUGAACAAUUUUUUUUAUUUGCAACAGAAUGCCAAGAUUUUUCGAAAAGCCCGCGGAAUUUGAAAAGUAAAAACUUUUCUGGGUUAAAUUGACCAGCAUUCCUCCAACAGACAGAUAGAUUGGCCUUAUGGGAUUAGUUUGCUCCUAGAUCGACUUGCAACAGAAUGCCAAGAUUUUUUGAAAAGCCCGCGGAAUUCGAAAAUUCGUUAAUUUUUUGAUUAAACUGGCUUAUAUUGCUCCAAUAAGUAGAAAAAUUGGUCUUAUGGUAUUUAUUUAACCCAAGAUAGACUUGCAACAGAAUGCCAAGAUUUUUCGAAAAGCCCGCGGAGUUUAAAAAUCCCGUUAAAUUUUGGUGUAAUCGGACAAAAUUACUGUCUAAACUGACUUUUUGAUUGUAGUGGGUGAGGAUGAUCCCGAGAACGACGUGUAUUACAUGGAUCUUCAGCUUCGAAAGGCGCCUCGUUACGAUUACGUCAAGCAAAAGACGGUCUGGGUCGAUGAAUUUUUCAUAGCCCAGAGAGAUCCCAAAUUUACGGCUCAGACCUUCUCAGGAACUCGGUUUGGCUCGGUGAAACUGAAAAGUCAUCCGGUAAGUAAUUUUUUUAUGUGGGCGCUACGAUUUUAUUUAUUUUUUUAUAAUAUUUAACGUAUUUAACUUUCUUUACAGUACUAUUCCCAAUACUCGGAUCGUGGAGCCGGCUUCUAUCACUUCACAAUGCCUUCAAUUUUGCCCUCGCUUCGUUUGAUGGCAGCGGGCGCUACUUGCUCCACGAUGAUGAAUGAAUUGUACAGUAAACCCAUUCCCGAUGAAGAAGCGGAGAAAAUGAAGGAAGAGGAGAGAGAUGAUGAGAAAAAAGGAGACGAGAAAGAUGAAGAGGAAGAAGAGGAAGGAAACAUCAAGAGAUGUGAUGAUCAAGAUUAUAGCGAUUAG